UAAAAGGGGAUUUCUUUCCUCUCCUGGGAUCGCAGUCGAUCUCGUUCGUUUGCGACUAUCUCCGUACGUUUGCCAUCAUAUUCCCAUCGCACAUUCAUCCGUUGAUCUGUCCUGUUGACGAAGUACAUAUCUCGUGAGUCAGGAUGAAGUACGUGGUGUUAGCAAUGAUUCUGGGAUUAGCGGUGGCGCAAGAUUCAAAUUACCGCAACUAUCAGCAAGAUGGGCGUAACUAUAAUCAGCAGGAAGAUGGACAAUAUCAGGGUGACAGCAGACGACCUACAAGCACUACGCCCAUCCCAAUUUUGCAUUGGAACAAGCAGCAAGAGCAUGAUGGAACUUACAAGACCAGUUACGAAACGGGCAACAACAUCAUUGCCGAAGAAAGCGGCUACAUCAAGACGAUCGGCGAAGGUGAAGACCGAGCGGAGGCGAUCGUGCAGCAAGGCACCUUCUCGUACACAAGUCCCGAGGGACAGCUGAUCACCAUUCACUACACCGCCGACGAGACCGGCUUUCACGCGCAGGGCGAUCACAUUCCCACGCCACCGCCCGUUAGCGAGGAAAUCCAGAAAGGCCUCGACCUCAUCUACGCGGGUAUUCGUCAGCAAGAGGAAGAAGAAGCUCGCGCAGCAGCUCAAAAAGGACCGCAGCCACUGAGCCAGCAGGUCGACAGGCGGGACGAAUACAACAACAGAAAGUACCAAUAGCGAGCUCGCGUCGAUGCUUCAGCAAUAUAGCGUAUUCGCAGCACUGUACCGUUAUUAAGAAAUAGCAAUUAAGUUGUUAAGUUACUUUAUCCCCUCGCGCCCCAAAUACACUCUCCAUUCUAUGUAUAUUUGUAGUAAGAAACAUCGCUUGGUAAACUCGA